AUGACAGUUAUUAUCUUUACCCUAGACACUGCAGAAGUAUGUCGCAACACCCGCGAAAGUGGCAGUUCGGAUAAAAAUCUCGAGGAAAGCUCAGAAGACAUCGAGCGGACUUUGAACAACGUCGAGCGCCUGCUACAACAACAACCAGUAGGACUGACAAAAGUAGAAGUUGACCUGCGAGGACUAGCUGCAAAGUGCAUGGGAUACAAUGAAGACGUUCAGAAAGAACUGAAAAGAAUCUCUCCUAAGAAUUCUACGAAACUUGCCGCCUUGGGAUCUACUGUCAAGACUAUGAUGCGACACUGUCCUGACUCGGGAACGACCAGCCUAGGCGAUAACCCAAGACCGCCAGCCACACCCGAUAACGCGAAUACUGAUCUGACCAUUUUGCAAUCUCCACACGGAGAAGAAAGCAAAGAAUCAAACAUCCAUGCUGAUCUAGUGGAAUUGCUACAGAAAGAUGGCGAUUGUCUGUACUGGUUUAACGGGAAGCCCGGGUCCGGCAAAAACACGUUCAUGAAGUUCAUAGAGAACGACAAGCGUACACGAGAAGCGUUAGAAAUUUGGCAUUCACAGUGCGCAAUCAUAUCCCCUUACUUGUGGAAACCUGGAACGGAGGACCAGCGGAGUUUGAAGGGGCUGCUUUGCUCUCUCGUCAAUCAGAUUCUGACUAAUGAGAGGGCUGUUGCCAUUCAGCUCUUGGGCGAAAAGCCAACCCUGAACCACAGGCGCGUUUUGACCGACUGGGAUGUAUGCGAUUUGGAGGAUCUGCUGUUUCGAAUCUUCCAUAACUCGUCUUGCUCAUACCUUGUUCUCUUGGACGGCCUGGAUGAACUUGCUGAGCCCCAUGGAGGGCUGAGCGAGCUGUUCAAUUUGUGGAACAGUCGUCCUGAGUAUAUUUCCACGGUUAAGCUUGCUUCCAAUCCUUUCAUACGUAUGCAGGAUUUGACACGAUCGGAUAUCCACAACUACAUAGCCGACUACCUCAGAGACUUACAACUCGAUCCUGCCAAUGAGCUGUAUCAGAAGAUCCAGAAAGAACUUUUGCACAAAGCGGAGGGCGUUUUUAUCUGGGUGUAUCUCGUUCUGAGAAAUGUCAAGAAGGCAGCACGAUACCUUCAGUACAUCAGGCAGAAAAUCCCCGGUCACGCUCCCGAUAUUGCCCGUCUUUCUCUAAUAGCAAAUGAUGAAACACUGAAGAGGUUCACAAGGCCAAACGGGAUUCCGUGUGUUGAUAAGUGGAAUGAAAUGUGUGAGGAUACAUUCAAAACUCUCAUCCCAGUUUCCGCCAGACUUCUAGAGGCCUUUCACUGGCAAACUGAGCCGAAUUUGGAAAGUCCUCAGUCGGAGGACGAGCUGGCGAAGUGA